CAUUAUAUUAUGUUUGUAGGGGUAGGGGUUUGUCUCUGAGAGGAUCAAUGGCGGAGGAGAACCCUAGAUCGAGAGGUACUGUGAGGUGGUUUAACGACCAGAAGGGCUUCGGCUUCAUCCGGCCCGAUGACGAAGGCGAAGAUCUCUUCGUUCAUCAAUCAGCCAUCAUAUCGGACGGCUUUCGAACCCUUCAAGAAGGUCAGGCCGUUGAGUUCCUGAUCGCCUUGGAGAAUGAUCGCACAAAAGCCAUUCAAGUCACCGGUCCCAACGGAUCUUCCCUUGAGAAGAUCCGCAGAGAUGAUUUCAGAGGCGAUCGCACUGACGCUUAUGGUGUCCGCAGCGGCGGAGGGUAUGGGUUCAAUGGAGGAUGGAGAGGCAGUGGAAGGGACGGUGGCGGCAAUGCCUAUCGCGGCGGUGGGUGUUACAACUGUGGGGAGGAUGGCCACUUGGCUAGGGAUUGUCCCCGGCAGGGGAGUAGCGCUGGUGGCGGCGGGGUUUGUUAUAACUGCGGCGAGUUUGGGCAUUUGGCAAGAGAUUGUAAUCGCGGCCGUGGCGGCGGCGGAGCCACUGGUGGUGGUGGGGGUUCCUGCUAUAACUGUGGGGGGCAAGGGCACUUGGCCAGGGAGUGCCCUAGUGGAGGAAGUGGAGGCAGAAGUCGCGGUGGUUAUGGAAGGUUCGGAAGUGGAGGCGGCGGCGGCGGUGGUGGUGGUGGAAGCAACUGCUACAACUGUGGGGAGCAAGGGCACUUCGCUAAAGAAUGCCCUAACUCCGCAGGGCCUUGAUAACUCAUGGUGAUAUGAAAAGGAUCUCUCUUUUUCUUCUUACCUUCUUUUGAUAAUCUGCUGUUUCUGUUCAGUUUUUUGUUUUUGUUUUUGUUUAGUGGGUUAUACAUAGGAUAGUCUCUGAUUUUGGGUGUCAUUCGGUUUGACGACGAUCCACGGUUUGCGAAUCAAUUUUUCCAGUUGAUACACAUAUAUAGAUGGUGGGUCGGUUACUGAUCGACGGUUUUGCUUCAUUUUGGUAUUGAUAAACAUGGUAUAACUAUACAGUUAGUAACUUCUCUUCCAAGUGUUUAUAUAUUCAAGUUUAUGUGACCUGAUUGUUUAAUCUUUCAUCCAGGUGUGCAUUUAUGGCUUUGUUAUUAAUUAACCUUUAAGUGUAUUUGUUUCAA